GCGUAGACAGGUGAGCUGCUGAGGCACAGCCUGCAAUGUUAUUAUCCUGCUCCUCCCUUACACCAUUCAGACAUCAGAAUGUGCACAGGGUGAGCAAUGAUCUACCAUUGCUAACCUACUGAUGUCAUGAUGACAUGUAGCAGGCAUCUGAGAGCUAAUGCUGAAUGUACACAGAUUGGGACACACAAAGAGCAACUCCAUAGUCCUGAGUGUGCAGUUGUGUAUACUGUUAGUACAGUGUGG